GUCAGCGCUCGCGGGGAGGCAGGAUGGAGUCGUCGCGCCGCCGCCCUGGCCCCCGCGGGGACAGGAUUGAAGAUGUGGUGGGAGAGGCUGCUCCGUGUGAUGUGACCUGGUGACCCAGAGCUGACUAAGGACGUCCUAGUCUAUGAGCCUUUGAAGAUGAGACCAUGAAGCUCAGGCAGCUGAAACUGGAUAACCAGAGAGCGCUGCUGGAGAAGAAGCAGAGGAAAAAGCGCCUGGAGCCGCUCAUGGUGCAGCCGAACCUGGAGGCCCGGCCACGGCGGGCAAAGCCGAGGGGCUGUGAGGAGCUCGCUCUGCUGGUGGAACCUCAGGCCCCACAUGGCGGUGUCGUCCUGCAGGGCAUCGAUGGUCCUGCUGCCUUCCUGAAGCUGGAUGCUCAGGACGUGGACACCAGACUUCCUGUUCUCACGGUAGGCUCUUCUGCCGCAGAGGACACUGAAGGGAGCCCAGACGGGGAGAGCACGCGGGACCCCGCCCCCAAGCCGGAUCUGCAGGAGGUGCUCCGACAGCACGGGAUCUCAGGGAGUUUGAACUUUGACGAGGAGGAGACUGAUGGGGAGGAAGGAGAAGGGAACCAACUAAGGUCUCAGUCGCCAUGUUCAGAGGCGGAGAGGCCCGGUUCUGCAUCCAGCCAGAAGCCAGCCCCGGACACAGGGGCCUCCGGGAACGCAGCCCCACACUCUGACAUUCAGCUGGGAGAAAUAGAGGACUUGGAAGGCUUCGCGUACAGUCCCGCCCCGCGAGGUGUCACAGUGAAGUGUCGAAUAACCCGGGACAAGAAAGGGAUGGACCGGGGGCUCUUCCCCACCUACUACAUGCACUUGGAAAAGGAUGAGAAUCGCAAGAUAUUUCUUCUUGCAGGUAGAAAGCGGAAAAAGAGCAAGACAUCCAACUACCUCAUCUCCACGGACCCCACAGACCUGUCCCGAGACGGGGAGAGCUACAUUGGCAAGCUCAGGUCCAACCUCAUGGGGACUAAGUUCACCGUGUAUGACCAUGGUGUGAGCCCGGCCAAGGCCCAGGGCCUGGUGGAAAAGGCCUACAUGCGGCAGGAGCUGGCUGCCGUGUGCUACGAGACAAACGUACUUGGAUUUAAAGGCCCGAGGAAAAUGUCUGUGAUCAUCCCUGGGAUGAAUAUGAAUCAUGAACGGAUCCCUUUUCAGCCACGAAAUGACCACGAGAGCUUGCUUUCAAAAUGGCAGAACAAAGCCAUGGAGAACUUGAUCGAGCUGCACAACAAGUCCCCGGUCUGGAACGAUGACACUCAGUCCUACGUCCUGAACUUCUACGGCCGGGUCACUCAGGCGUCUGUGAAGAACUUCCAGAUCGUCCACGACAACGACCCUGACUACAUAGUCAUGCAGUUUGGACGCGUGGCCGACGACGUGUUCACGCUGGACUACAACUACCCACUCUGUGCACUCCAGGCCUUUGCCAUCGGGCUCUCCAGCUUCGACAGCAAGCUGGCCUGUGAGUGAGACCGAGCGGCCGGAGCAGAGUGCUGCCGCCCUGCUCUCGCCCCAGGACACCCGGAGCGACAGACUGCCCCUGUGGAGCGGUCCCUGGAAGUGUGUGUGUAGAUGUGUGUGGAUUCACAUACGUGUGCGCCCACAUGUAUGUUUGUACACCCCACCCCCUGGUAGCACAGCCCUGUUCAGGGAUCACGGCUUAACUCGGGUGAGAGGCUUUGCAGAGCACAGAGGUGGUCUGACAUCAUCGCCCAGCCGCCAGGGUCUCGUUCUUGGAAAUUCGUGUCCAGGAUCAGCUUAACUCCCCUUUCCUGCAGACCCUCUCAGAGGGGGGUAGUUCCCUCAGCGACCUUCAGUCUCCAGGUCUGCAGACUUUUUCUGAAAAUGGCCGGUUCAUCCAUGGAGAUGUGACCAUCCCCCACUUCCAGGGUCUCUGUACCGCCCUGGGCCUGGCGGUCUUCCAUAAUGAGCCUGUGGUCACGAGAGCACCUGGGGGGACGACUGCCUCCAGGAGUGCAGGUUGGAGCUGAGGCCUUGUCCGUUGGCCUUGUCCGCUGUGACGUAGCCUUUCCCAUGUCCUGCCCACAGUGGUUCCCAGAGUAUCGUUUACCAUCAUGGUCAUUCCAAGUCCACCCAACACCUGCCUCACCCAUGGAGGAGGGGCCCCGGGAGAAGUGCUCGCCCCCUGCUGUCUUUGUCAGGGGGCAGGGGUGGGCUGGGGGAGUGUGGCGCCCAUUCCCCAAAGCAGCCGCUCCACUCGGGGGCUCAGGAGUCACCUGAUCACAGUCCCCUCUUCCCUCAAGGCUGGCUGACUGGCCCCUGUCUCAGUCAGGGUGGCUGUGGCCCGAUUUGUGAUCAGUGAUGUGAGAAAUUUACAAAUUGUCUUGAUCAUGGUUUAGGCUGGAAGCGUGGACUUUAGAGGGGACCUGACCUGGUCAGGUCAUGACUGAGAGGCUUUGACGUGGCCUUCACCAUUCUCAGCCCGAGCACCUCCCUCGAUGGGUUACCGUGGAGCCGUUAGUGCAGACACACCUGCUGCCCCGUGGGAGGGAGAGAACUGUGUGUGUGUGGAAACCUGCCACUAUCACGGUCCAGGGCGAGGACGCUCGGGCCUCUCUUCUCAACGCAAGUGUCGGCAGCCCCAAGGCCUGGCUCCCCCAGCCAGGUCACGUCCAUCGCUUCUGCUCGCAGAUUGUAAGAGUUCUGCUACGUUGUUCAGAGUAUUAGCCUCUCCCAACAAAUUGCAUGGCUCUGCUGCCGGUUUACAGCCUGCUCUGGCACCCGCCUCCUGCGUCUCAGGAGCCCAUGAGCUCCGCGCUGGCGUCGGUCACCCCCAGGCCUGUCCGCCAGCCUGGUGCUGGGCGGCGGCGGCUGUUGCUCCUUCUCAUUCCUUCCGUGGACGUCCUUUCUGUCCCUGCUUCCUGUCCCUGCUCCACACCGAACAGCAGUGGAAGGAAAGAGACUGGGGGUGAGCCGACCCAUGGCUCACCCCACCUGCACGUCCACUGCUCUGUCCUCACCUGGCGGUCAUCUCAGGCUGCGUCCCUCAAGUGCCUCGGUCCUCAGGUGCCCUCUCCCCGCUGGCCUCUCCUGAGGCUGCUCCCUUGCCUCCAGCGGGGGAUAUGAAGUGUCUAGGGAGGGGCCUGGGGGCGGCUGCUCUGACCUGCUUCCUGCCCUCACUCUGGCGCAGACACCCCGGCCUCCUGUCCUUCCUGCUCAAGUGUGCAGGUGAUCAGUUUUACAUAUUUAUACUUUUUGUACGCUACAGAAAUAAAAAGUGAUUUCUAUAAAAA